GGGUGGAUCUCCUUUAGCCCAUCAAUAAGAGGUCAGAGACUUCCUCUGAUUUAAACUCUCAGUUUUACACCCUCACCUGAACCUGACACAAUAUUUCUGAACUUGACGAUGGAGCAACUAAGCAAAAAAAUGGGUGUUUUAGCCGUAGUGUUCCUGUUGGGGUCGUUGUUUCUCUCUGGAUGUGUGGAGGCCGUGUCUUCUUCUCUGGAUGCCCUCAAACUGGAAGCUCUUCAGUGGGAAGGAUCUCAAACCUGCGGAAAGUGGGACUGUACCUGUCCCUUCUAUCGUCAGCGUGGCUGCUGCUGUGCGGCCAACGAUUUGUUCCAAGUAGAGGACGAGAGCUUCAUGAGGAUAAAAAACUUGUGGGAGAAAAUCCCAAUCCUGGACAGCAGAGUAAAUGCGCUUUCAGAUGGUUUCAAGGUUUCCUUCAUGGCCACCAUGACUGCAAAUAUGGCUAUUGAAAAUUUUGGAUCCCCUGAGCGUUGCUUUGGUCCGUUUAAUACCAACGUACCCAUCCCCUACCCCAAUGUAACACUUAACUCUGGCGACAGAUACAACCCAGCACUGGGUGUGUUCACAGCCAGUUGUCCUGGUGUUUAUAUGUUUUCCUUCACCGUUUACUCAUCCGUUGCAGAAGGGGGACGCCUCUACCACAAAGUCCAGCUUAUGAAGAACGGUAAAGUUGGGGUCAGCGUAUGGGAGAACAAUCGAGAAGAUAUCGAGGACAGCGCCACUCAGGUUGUGGUGAUGGAGAUGCAGCGAGGCGAUCAGGUCUAUCUGGAGCUGAUGUCUGGGAGAAAACUUUGCACAAAGCUGGAGCACAAUAUAUUCACCGGUCACAUUUUGUACCCUUACACUUACUGACCAACCAACGGGGCUCCACAAAUCCUCUAAAACCUGUCUUCAUAAAACCAA